CUCGUCUGCCCAUCCGCCCGCCUCAGCGUCGAGCCAAGAUGUCGGCUGUGAGUAGGGCCCUGACUCCGCCCAGUCUCUCUCGCUUCUGCGGGGCCAUGACCGGGGCGCUGUUGGGCGACUGCAUCGGUGUGGAGUUCGAGGGCAAAGAGCUGGUCAGGAUGCAGGAUGUGAUUGAAUCCGUUCAAGCCUUAGAGGAGGAGAGGCAGGAGGAAGGUUCAUUAGUGUAUUCAGAUGAUACGGCAAUGACUAGGUGUGUGGCACAGUCGCUGAUAAGUAAACAAGACUUUGAUGAAGUGGAUAUGGCUAAGAGGUUUGCUGAAGAAUAUAAAGAAAAUCCAAACCGUGGCUAUGGAAGUGGUGUCAUUCGUGUAUUUAAGAAGCUUCUUAGCCCAAACUGUGUUGAUGUUUUUAAACCGGCGAGGGAACAGUUUAAGGGAAAGGGCUCCUAUGGAAAUGGAGGUGCCAUGAGGAUCGCUCCAAUAGCACUGGCAUAUCCAGAUAUUCAGGAUGUUAUAAAGUUUGCAAAGAAAAAUGCAGAAGUGACCCAUGCAUCCUCACUGGGCUACAAUGGCGCUAUCUUGCAGGCCCUUGCUGUUCAUCAUGCCUUGCAGGGGGAGUUGAAGGAAGACAAGUACUUGGAUCACCUCAUUGGGGAAAUGCAGUUGAUCGAGAAUGAUGAAAAAUCUCUUUUAGAUGCAAAAGAUUUUCAAGAAUUUCCCUUUUGCAGUAGAUUGAAGAAAAUGAAAACAUUUUUAUCACGAACAGAUGUUUCAAAAGAAGAGGUCAUUAAUGCAUUGGGAAAUGGGAUUGCAGCUUUUGAAUCAGUGCCAACUGCAAUUUAUUCCUUCCUGAGGUGUAUCAAUCCUGAUCCAGAAAUUCCAGAAAAGUACAAUGGGCUUGAAAGGACAAUAAUCUACAGCAUUUCACUAGGUGGUGACACUGAUACAAUUGCCACAAUGGCAGGAGCAAUUGCCGGGGCUUAUUAUGGAAAAGAUCACAUUUCACAGACUUGGCAGAGGAGUUGUGAAGCAUAUAAAGAUGCAGAUUAUUUUGGGGAAAAAUUGUACGAAAUUUACUGCCGUCGCCUUGCUUCUCCAAAGACAAUGGGAUAGAAUUUAAUUUAAGAACUGUCAUUGUCAUUAAGAAUAUAUAUUCAAAUCUCAAAUGAAUGUAUGUGGCUGUGAAAAAGAACAGGUAAUUUCUAAAUCCAGUUAGUUACUUUAUGGAUUUUAUUCCAAUUAAGCAAUCAAAAAGUUUGUAUCAUAUUUCAAAAUGGUUGAUAUUGCUUUAACUUUAACAAAAAAUAACAGAAGUGUUGCAAAGAAACUUCAAUUGUAAUUAUUAUUCCUUUCUAUACAAUCACAAAUCUCAGACAAAGAGUUAUAUGUAUAGAAUUUUAAUUCCUUAUUUAAAUGGAAUUUGUUACGUUAUCUGAACAAAUUAAGGAUAGACUGUAGUUACUAGUAUCUUGACUAUAUUUGGAGCUUCAGUCAUGAAAAUGUUCCUUUUGCCAGGACAGUAGGUUUGUGAUUCCUUCACUGCUAGAGUGCUCUGUUUAAACCUUUUGUUAUUAGUUUGUUACUUAAACAUCACACAAACUCCACCAUGAUACUAACCAUUGUAUCACUAAACCUAAAUAUUGUAGUAAUUUGAUUUUACAAACCUGGGAUUAGGGGUUGCCUAUUCUCACCUAAAUGGAGAUAAAUUCAAUUCAAAUUCAAUUUAAAUUCAAUAUGGUGAUAGAGAGAUAGAAAAAUUGCACCUGCUUAGUUGAUACCCGUUGGUAGCCUAGCCUUUUUUUUUUUGCAAAACCUAAGCCAUAUAUAUAUACGAUAACUGGCUGUUGACUUUUUUUUAACAAGGGUCUGUCAUUGUUUCUGGCAGCGCAUCCCAUCUCCUAAACCACCAUAAUUAUUUUUCCUAAUCUUUUCCCUUUGUCCUGAUGUAAUACUAACUUGUAAGCUAGCAGAAGUUUUUUUAAACUGAUUUUCUAGGUUGGGACUCUACUGUCUUUAAUACAAGCAUAUAAUAUCAAUUCCAUCCAUUUUGAUGGAAGAUAUCAGUUUCUUUAUCUUUUGUGCCUAGAGCUUCUCCUCCUGUCUCAUAAUUAACUGACUACAAUAUUUAACUGCAGCCUAAAUGUUUAAAUGUGGUUGUAUUACUUUUAUACAAAAGGUUUUUUAUAAAACUUAGGAUUAGAUAUUAUUUAUUAAUUGUAUUAACUUCUCAUGUUUUAAAAGUACUUACUUGUUUGCUUUGCCUUGCAUAUUAAACCAUUUUGGCCGUUGAUUAUCAUUCAUAUGCAUAUAUGUAUAGAGCUUAGUUCUUCAAGUGUAUUUACCAGCAUAUAAAGUAUUGCAGUGAAAUUCCAGUAGUACAUUGUUCAACCAUUCAGAAAUCCUGUUGGUUCAAUAUCUGGAUCACCCAAGAUACACCCACUGCCUGCCCGUGGCAGUGCCACUUCCCCUGUCCCUCACUAAAAUAUUACCACGUAACAACUUUUUAAAACAAAAGUGAAUUAGAAAAUCUGCUGUCUUGCUCGACAAGUCCCAUGCAUAGCAAGUUAAUGAUACUUUGUUGCAUUAGAAUUAAAUUAUUCAUGCUAAUAAUAUAAAAUAGUUUUAUUGAAAGAAUUAUACUUUCGCAAUGUUCAUUAUCCAUAGAGAUGUUUUGGACUAAUUAGCUCAUGACAUGGAUUCACUUUUACCAGUGUUUGAUCUGCUGUCUUUCAGUGGAGACAUUAGGCUGUGGCUGCAUAAAGUGGACAGGAAGAAUCACAUGAUCCUAUCAGGAGGUGAACAUUUUUCUCAAUGCCUUGAGCAAUUAUUUAGCCUAAAAUAGUACCACUGAAACAGAUUAUCUGGACUUUACCUUGUCGCAGUUUCGGGGAAUUCACUUUGGACAAAUUGGCUCUUUCCUGUAUUAUAAUAGUAACUGUGCUUCAAAAGUACUUCACUGACUGUAAACAUAUGCAAAUGUCCUGACAAAAAGAAACAGAUUUACAAAUGAGCAAGUUUAUUUUUCUUGAUUUGUAAAUGCUUCCCAAGUGUAAUGCUUUCCCAAAGCAUGCCUGAUGGAAUUAAAUUGUUUAUGUAAAGUUUAAAGGUAGUAGGGUGAAGGGAUUAGGUGUCAUUGUAGCUUGAUAUUUUAUUUGUUUUUGUGUUAAAUUCUAGAGGGGAAUAGAAACUUAUGCAAUUGUACAUGCAGUCAACAACUAAAUAACCAUGAAAUACUUUUCGUGUCACGAAUGCAUAAAUGUAGAUAUUGUUAUUGUCUAAAAAUAGACUGUAAAUAUAUACAGAUUCUGUAUAUUGGUCCCCAUAAUAUGCCAAAAUCAGUUUAACUUUGAAGUGCUUCGAGCCAAUCAAGAUAAUAAAGAUGUUUGCUUUUGAUUUAUCUGA